AUGGAAGCCAAAAAAUUAUUAUUAGUCGGCCUUGGUAAUUAUACCCACCCACAAACUAGACAUAGUAUAGGAAUGUUGGUAUUAAAUUACAUAGCAUCACACUUAAAUCUAACAUGGAAAAAAAAUAAAAAUUGGCCUGCUACCGUUACCACCACUACAACUAUAUACGUUUAUCCUUCUAGACGACAUAAAAUAAAACAAAAAAAGGAGAAGAAACAAGCAAAAAAAGAUAUAAAUUCUAAUGAAGAAAAUGAUGAUAUUGAUGACAAAAAUGAUUUGGAGAAUGGAAAUCAAAAAAAGUUUGAUGAUAAUUUUCGAUCAGAAAAAGAUAAUGUAAAUGUAGAACUUAAGAGUGAUAUUUCAAGGUUAACGAUUGAUGAUGAUUCAGAUAAUGACGAUGAAUUAUCCUCAAAUUUAUCUUUUCAAUUAUCAUCAAUGCCCUCAACUACACCAUCAUCUGUAUCAUCAUCAAGAGCUCUAACAUUGAUGAAACCAUUGUUACUGAUGAAUGUUAGUGGAAAAUCGGUUUCUAAAGCAGUUAAAGAAUUAGGAUUAUCACCUAAUGAUAUUAUUGUAGUGCAUGACGAUAUGCAACGAGAUAUAGGCAAAAUUAGUAUAAAGAACGGAGGGAGUGCAAAUGGUCAUAACGGAAUCAAAUCAGUCAUUGAUGCAUUGAAAACAAAUCAAUUUCGUCGGAUGAGGAUUGGUAUUGGUAGACCGCCAAAAGAUAUUGAUGAUAGAUCUCAUGAAGUUAUUUCUAGUUAUGUACUGGCACGAAUAACUACUAAAGAGAUGGAAUAUUAUACUAAUGAAGUAUUUCCAAAAUCGUGUAGUAAACUUGAAACAAUUUUUGAGAACGCAAGCGAUGAUGAAAUUUCAACCACUUUUCAAAAUCAAUCUGAAAUUAAUCUUAUUUCCGAAGUUAAUUCCAUACAAUCAUCCGAUCACAAUUGCAGUACUACUUCAUCUGUAAAUCGACAUCAAAAUAGCUUCGAAACCAUUCACCAAACCAGAAAGACAGAAAGUAAACGUAAUGCUAUUGAUAUCAACUUAUCACUUCCAAUAACUCAAAAAGACGUGAAUCAACGAUACGCUACCAAUGAUAUAAAUCCUACACUUAUUUCAACUUAUACAAAUACUUCAAAUAAUUUAGUUACAAACCCUCUUUAUAAUUUUAGUUCAUCCACUUUAUCCAAUAAUUCCGAACUUUAUAAUGAAAAUGAUUUUAAAAAAAUUCCAAGUUGCCCUUCAAUAAUUUCUUUCAAAGUACAUAUUCAUUGGAUUUAUCCUUCUACUCCUCUAAUAAUCAAAUUAUUUCGAGAUAUUUCAUUUCGAAAAUUUCGAAAAAUUGUGGCAAAAAGUUGUGGAAUCAAGAUACCAAAAGAUUGUAUUAUUAUUUGGCAUAGGAAUUUAAAUUGUGAAGGAAUUAGUGUUGGUGAAGAAAAUAAUGAUAAAGUGGUUUUAAAACAUUUAUUGAAAUCAGGAAAGGUUAGUGGAAUUAAAAAUGAUGCUAUGUGGAAAUGUGUAAAAUCUUUUUGGUGUAAUAAUGUUGAACUUUCUUUUGUUAAGAAGGAAUUAUUAGAGUAA